GCUGGCCUCCGCCAGUGGCGAGAGCGGGCGCGGGGCGGAGGGCGUGCUCGAAGUCGAGGUCACCUCUGCCCAGACCCCGGACCUCGCCAACUUGGACCCGUCCGCGUGGAGCAUCCAAUCUGAGUGGCAGACCGUCUCCCAUCAGUUUACGAGCUCCAGGUCCAACCCAUCUGCACCUGAUUCCUCUUUUUCCGUUAUCUGUAGCUCACCCUCCCACCUCAGCCACAGUCCUGACCAGAGGACUGACGCGGAGUCCAAUAUUGCCCCCUCGGGCACUAGUGCCCACAGCCUGAACGGCCAGCCCGUGCCCAUGCCCGUCACCCGCUCGAGCACUACCGAGGGCGUCGCCCCAGCCCCCCAACCGGACCCCGGCAACUCCCGGGUCUCGGUACAAGGGUCCGCCUCGCCCCCAAUUCCAGGCUCCCAUAGAACAUCAAUGGCGGCACCUUCGCAACCUAGCAGCACGCGAGCGUCAGCACAGGAGACCGUCCCACCCACGUCCAGCUUAGUCACGCAAUCUCCACCAGUACCUAUUACUCCUAAUAACACACCCCAAGUAUCACUAGACAGGUUCGCCGAGCCUUCAGUGUUCGGCUCCCCCUGGGGUCCGCUACAGGGACCUCUUCUACCCAGUAACUACGCCCAUGUGUCUUUACCUGGGACAUUCCCAGCAGUACCCGACUCCCCCAGGUCGUCCUUACAAAGAUCUCUUCCACUAUCGGACUCUUCCCGAGCGUCUAUACAAGGAUUCGCUCCUUCCUCAGUGCCCACCUCCCCGGGACAGGAUUCUCUACUAGAAUCCGUUCCGCACACGGAAUCCUCCCUAGUGUCUGUAGUAGGGUCUUCCCUGUCUUCAGUGCCCAGCUCCCUCCGGGAUUCUUCACCCGCGACCUCGCGAUUGUCAGCUCAAGUGUCCUCGGGGCCAAGUUCUCCUGGAACAUCCGUGGGAGGAUCGGCUCCGCCCCAGGGCUCCCCCCCAGUAUCAGUACCAAGGUCCGCCCCGCCCUUAGUGCGGAGCUCUGCCGGGUUCUCGGAAGAAAAAUCAGCUCCGCCCUUUGGUUACCCCCGAGAGUCAGUGGAAGGGUCCGCCCCACCCUUGGCCGGCCCCUCUCGUAUACCCACGCCUUGGGGGAAUCUCAGCCAGACCAUGGCGAGUCCGGAGAAAGCGAGCACCGUGGGCCACAUGUUCGACGUGGUCGUGAUAGGAGGCGGCAUCUCAGGGCUGUCGGCUGCCAAACUUUUAGCUGAACAUGGCACUAAUGUUUUGGUCUUAGAAGCCCGUGACAGAGUUGGUGGAAGGACAUAUACUGUGAGGAAUGAACAUGUUGAUUACGUGGAUGUCGGUGGGGCUUAUGUGGGACCAACCCAGAACAAGAUCUUACGAUUAUCGAAAGAACUGGGUUUAGAGACUUAUAAAGUCAAUGUGAAUGAACGACUGGUUCAGUACGUGAAGGGGAAAACUUACCCCUUUCGGGGUGCCUUUCCUCCCGUUUGGAAUCCUAUUGCAUAUCUGGAUUACAACAAUCUAUGGCGAACGAUGGAUAACAUGGGAAAGGAGAUCCCAGCUGAUGCACCGUGGGAUGCCCCCCAUGCUGAGGAAUGGGAUAAAAUGACUAUGAAAGAUCUCAUUGAAAAAAUCUGCUGGACAAAGACAGCUAGGCAGUUUGCCUCUCUCUUUGUGAAUAUCAAUGUGACUUCCGAGCCUCAUGAAGUCUCUGCCCUGUGGUUCCUGUGGUACGUGAAGCAGUGUGGAGGCACCACUCGGAUAUUCUCAAUUACCAAUGGGGGCCAGGAACGAAAGUUUGUAGGUGGAUCUGGUCAAGUGAGUGAACGGAUAAUGGCCCUUCUUGGUGACCGAGUAAAGCUGAGUUGUCCUGUCACCGGUGUUGACCAGUCAGGUGAAAACAUCAUCAUCAUAGAGACAUUGAAUCAUGAAGUAUAUGAGUGCAAAUAUGUCAUUAGUGCCAUCCCUCCAACCUUGACCACUAAGAUCCACUUCACACCCAUGUUGCCAUCAGAGAGGAACCAGCUAAUUCAGCGUCUCCCAAUGGGGGCUGUUAUCAAGUGCAUGAUGUAUUACAAGGAGGCCUUUUGGAAGAAGAAAGAUUACUGUGGCUGCAUGUUGAUUGAAGAUGAGGAAGCCCCAAUUUCAAUAACUCUGGAUGACACUAAGCCAGAUGGAUCACUCCCUGCCAUCAUGGGCUUCAUUCUUGCCCGAAAAGCCGUCCGUCUCUCCAAGCUCCAUAAAGAAAUAAGGAAGAGGAAGAUCUGUGAGCUCUACGCCAAAGUGUUGGGAUCUCAAGAAGCUUUACAUCCGGUACAUUACGAAGAAAAGAACUGGUGUGAGGAGCAGUACUCUGGAGGCUGUUACACCGCCUACUUUCCACCUGGCAUCAUGACUCAAUAUGGAAGGGUGAUCCGACAACCAGUAGGUAGGAUUUUCUUCGCCGGUACAGAGACUGCAACACACUGGAGUGGUUACAUGGAUGGAGCCGUAGAAGCUGGAGAACGGGCGGCUAGAGAGGUCUUGAAUGCUUUGGGGAAAGUAGCAAAGAAAGACAUCUGGAUCCAAGAGCCCGAAUCACAGGAUGUUCCAUCCAUGGAAAUCACUCACACCUUCUGGGAGAGGAAUCUUCCUUCAGUGCCAGGCCUCCUGAAGCUCAUUGGAUUUUCAACAUCAGUAACUGCCCUCUGGCUUGUGCUAUACAAAUUCAGGCUACUGACACGAUCCUGAAGCUUCAUGCUUAUGCUUUUCGCUUACUCUUUUCUGACACCAUCAAAAAGAAAAUCUUGACAAAGUCUGUGUCCUUGGAUCAUCUUUAAGUCACAGACUAACCCUUCAGUUUAGUCUCAGUCACUGCUAAUGUAAAAAUAACCUGAAGACUCACCUCAUUAGAUCAAUUUCCAUAUUGCUAAUUGUGUAACUAACUUGUGCUGACUGGUGGAAUAAACCUUACGACUGACUUCUUAAUUUCAAGAAGCUAAAGUUGAAGUGUGUAUCAGCAGAAUUUUUUGUGUCCUGUGUUUCUCCCCUUUAACACCAAAUGCCUGGUGAUAACAGAAAUGAAGCAUUUAUCUUUCUCUCUGUAGAAGUUGAGUAGUUAAGACCCAGCUUGUGUGUCCUUUUAAGUCCUUCGGAAAUUUUGAAGUGUAGGUCUAGAGCUCAGAGGCUCACAACUUUCUGGGUGAGCAGCUCCUGCUUUGAAUGAGGGAACAGUAAAUGAAAGCCAUGCAGGUAGGCCAGUAGGGAAACAUCUAGUAGGCCACUGCCUCAGGAUUUCCUGACCGGCCACUUCUAAUUCCAUUGAAAUUUCUAGCUAUCUAUCUAGUCUGAGCACUGGCUUGUUUAUGUUUUCCUCUUUUGCUUCUUAAAGGGGAGAGUAUUUAUCAAGGUAUAGUGUUUAAAUUGACGGGCUGUGAUUUUUGUGCAGCUUCCCAGAUGAGCAGAGUAAAAUAGCGGCAGGGCUGUCCCUUAAAAGGCCUCCCUGACCAGCUCCACAUGAGACCAGCUGCAGUGGCUAUCUCCUCCUCCUCUUGGAAGGUGGCUGGACAUCACUGCUUAUCACCAAUAUUAGCAUCUCUGCCAAUUUCAGAUAAGCGGUAUUUUCCUUUGUCUUAGGUAUACCCUGGCUGUCUGAAAUUCCCUAGUAGCAUAUAUAUUUUCUUUUUUCCUAAAACUAUGGUAGAAUUAGGCAGAUCUUUUCAUUUAAAUAUGUCUUCAACAUGUUUACCUUUAAAUAAAUGUUAGCCUGCCAAUUUCAAAUAAGUAUUGAAAUACACUUGAUAAUAUUUCUGAUUACUGUUUGUUGAGAUGUGAUCAGAUGCAGAAAGGAAAGGAAAUUCAGACUCUCUAGUGUAGCCUAACUUGCUUUAGUUAUCAAAUUUUAUAAAAGACAUGAAACAUGUUUUUAUAUAUGAAGGCUAAAUUCUCUAUCUUAGGAGUGACAUGGGCCCAGAACGGGGCCUACCUCUCAUCUUUCCUAUUUGAAAGCUGUCAGAUUUUUAAAAGUCCAUUCCAAAGAUUUCAAACAUAAAAUGCUUCUCUUUAAUAUAAAUGUCUGGGAUAUUCAAUACAUUUGUGAUCAAAUAAAGCAAUUGAAAAGAUUCAGCAGAUUUGGGCACACAGGUGCUAAAUAUGCAGUCAUAUCUUAUCCCACAUCGUUGAUGAAUAAGACAUUUCAUUUUAAAUGAAGUUUCUGGAGAGCUGAAGCUUGCUCUUUUAUGUGCCAAAAUUUUUAAAUAAAAAAUGUAAUGGACAUAUUUCCAAUACAGUUAAAUAAGCUAGAUUCAAAUUCAUCUUUUUUUAUUAAUCAUGCCAAUCAUUGUGUGUCUCAAUUUUUUAUACCUUUAUAAUGGAGUGACACCAUUGUGUUUUCCCCUAUAGUAAAUGUUGCUUAAUUGUUUUGUAGGUGGUAAGUCUAAUGCUUUUCCUGUCUUCUCCUGCAUUCAGUUUUUUAUUUCAUAUUCUUGUUAUCUCUAUUAUUUCCUAAGACUUCUUAAUCUCCUAUUUUUUAUAUAAUGGGAGUUAAAAAUUGUCAGAAAAAAACCAACCCAAUUUUAUUAUAUAACUAACUCUAUCGUAAAUUCAAAAUUAAGUCAUUGAAUCUUUAUGUGAGGACUAAAGGUAUUCCAAAGUUUUACCUACCUAAGAGAGAACUUUUCUGCCACUCUUUAUCUCGCAAUUGAAAAGUACUUUAGCUAACUUAGGGGUUUUAUUAAUUUCUUUGAAUAUGCGCCAGUCCAUAAGGAAUUUCUGCUUAUUAUAUAGCAAACUGCUUUGAGAAAUCACAUCCCUGAUCUAUUUCAGUUGUUUCUGUUCAUUUACUGAUUAACUCAGUUCUGACACACCUUUUGGGAAAUACUGAUUUAACUUCUUAACUGACAACAGUUUUAACACUAAUGCAUAUCUCACUAAGUCUUGAUGGUUGAAGGGCUCCUGAGUAUGCAAUUUACCUUCUUAAACUUUUCAGGAAGCCAAUUAAUUUAUCCAAGUUAGAUUAGCCCUGUUAAGCUAUAGAUUAUCAAAAUGAAUGCCAGUACAGAUAUGCCUAGAAAUGAAACGAGCAGAGGACUCCCACCAUGUGUGAGGUUGUCUAAUACCAUCAUCAUCAAAUCAGUUUAAGCAGCGGAUAGAGCCUGAAUCACUUCACAAUUUUGGAAGGCUGAGUUGGCCUCACUCCAUAGAAGGUGGAGACUUAGAUUUUAAAUGUGAAUGUUGUUGUCAAAACUGUUAAGUAAGGACUUGUACAACACUGAAGAAAAAAAUGUCUGAUUGUGAACUAUGUUCAGUUUGAUUGUGAACUUGGUCCUAAUGUUUUAUUUGAAACAUGCCCAGUGCUACAUGUGGGAAUACGCAUAUGUGUGUGUGUUGCCACAGAAGUAUGGUUUUGUCUGUAUGGUACUGUUUUGUUUGUUAAUAAAGUGCACUGCCAACCU